CGGCCCUCCAUCAGUCAUAAGUCGCCUGGACCGCCUGCCGACCAUCCUGCUCGUCCAGCAGCCGCCCGUUUGCAGAUUCACAAUAUCCCGUCCAUCGCUCGGCAAUAUCACGGCCCCUUGGCAGAAGGAUAUUGCCGAUCAUGCACCAGCAACAACAACCACAACAGCUGCUCUUGGACUCCGCGUCUCUUGCACCUGCUGCUGCUGCGACGACGACGACGACACCAGCUCCCACCGUCGUGCCCAUCCUCCGGCCUUCGAGCCCCUUCAGCAGCCGAACCCACCAUCAUCCCGCAGGCGGGCGCAGGUCCUCGCUCUACUCGGCCGUGCCCAUCGAAUACUCGCGCAAGACGCUCUCCGAAGAGUUCAAACGACUCUCGCUGCCCGUAUUACCGGCGGACCACAGGAGCGCAUCCAUGCCUGAAGCGCUCUCCUCGCUGCCCCAGCUGGCCACCGGCCGCGCCCCGUCGUCGUCGUGCUCGUCAUCGUCCGAAUCGUCCUCCGCCACGCUGGCCGCCGAGUCGACCGCGACGAGCAGCAGCACGCUCCAGCUCCCCGCCGUCCCGAGCACCGACACCGUCUCCAACCUCUCCACUCGGUCGCUGCCCCCUGCCACGACGAAGACCGCCCUGCCCCAGUGCACGUUCCGGACCAUCUCCUUCGCGCCCUUACCGGUGAUGGAGCCCCGGAAGCGGACGUCGAGCGUCCAGCUCGGCGUGGCCGCGCGUUCGCGCAUGCUGGCCGAACGGAGGCAGCGCCGGAUGGCGCAGGAGGCGGCCGAGUACGGCCCCGGCUACGGCGAGGCGGCGGCGGAGAUCGAGCAGGCGGAGGCGCUCGCCGCGCGGAAGCGGCGGAUGCGCGACCAGCAGGCGGAGACGGUCGUCGCGGAAGAGGUGCAGAAGAGCAAGGAGGACCGGCAGGAGCGGGAAGACGAGGAGGCCGAGGCGGAGGAGGAGGAGGAUCCGAUCGCGGCGUGCGCGCGCUUCUUGAAGAAGCGGUUCGCGUCGCUGCGGGGCAAGCGGCGGAGCUCGAGCAAGCCGAGGGCGGUCGGCGGUGGGGCGGGGGAGAAGGAGGAGGUGCCGCCGCCGCCGCUGCCGAUAUUGACGAGGAGGGACUCGGGACAGCAGCCGCCAGAACCCGUAGGAGGCGCCAAGGACCGUUGGGUCGCCGAACCCGAAGAGCUCAAGAUCGCGACGCCCGUGGCCGUCGCCGUAACAUGAAGGCGACGCAUCCUCCUUCUUUCUCUUAUAUAUAUUCGUUUCACGACACAUUCACGCAUGGAUUCUCUGCCCUCGGGCUCUCUACGCAAACUCUCGCAUUUCACUCGUUCCAGCAUAUCGUACGCGCAUCAUGCCUCGGACCUUCUUUUCCCGUCGCCGCAUCGUAAUCGUCGUCCGCGUUUAUAGCCUCGACGGUCCCUUUUCUUUUUCUCUCUCAGCACCAUACAGACAUAGCAAGAGACGACAUAGAUACCACCCAUGGCCCCAUAGUUUAACGUAUCAGAAACUAAGUACGGGCUGGAAUAGAUACAGCGCAAUGACGCGCGAUUUCAU